AUGCAACAGAACAUUAAUCUAGAUGAUAUGGGUGUACAAGUUCAACGAAUCAAUAUUAAUCGUGGUGCACUAACAAUAAAGCUUAGAUCAAAAGAAGAAGAGGGUGAUAACAAAUUCCGACAGGCUGUUGCCAAUAAUUUGGGCGAACAAGGAACGGUUGAAACGGCCAGAAAAAAGAAAACUCUCAUUGUUAGACGUAUUGAUAUUAUUAACACAGAAGAAGAUAUAAAGUCAGCUAUACAAGAAAUUACAAAAACGACUUCGUUUGAAAUUAAACUAUUGGUAGACAAAAGAAGGAGAUACAAAAGAACAGCCAUAGUUACGCUAGCGGAAGCGCCCGCACUAGAGAUGUUGACAUCAGGACAAAUUAAAAUUGGGUGGACAAGUUGUAAGGUAAUGGAGCUUUUGACACCACCAAAAUGCUAUCGAUGUUACGAUUUUGGACAUUUUGCUGAUAAGUGUGUUAACACCGAUCACAUGAAAACCAAAUGUAUCAGAUGUUGCGAAGAGGGGCACAGAGCAGUAGAAUGCCAAAAUCUACCUAACUGUUAUCAGUGUGACAAAGAAGGACAUACAGCAGGGACGAUGGCGUGUCCCGCUUACAAAAAAAUGGUAGAGGAUAUUAGAAAAGAGCAAAAACAACCUUAA